CGUGAGAGGAGGGGAGAGAGGGCUUUAAAGCGUCCAAACCCCGGAUCAUUACUCUCUCAUUCGGAAUGACCAUGAUUUGCCAAUGACCCUGACCAAAUAGUUGCACCCGUCUGUCCAUCAUGGCUGACGCGGUAUUCGCUAUUUUGGCUAAGCGUGAUGAUAUCACUGACCCCAACAAUGAUCCUAAUAUCGGAUCAUCUCGAGGCAAUGCAUCUUCUACCUCCGGAGACGUUGUCGAGCACCUAACUGGCAGUGGCUCGACAUCUGGCUCCGCCUUGGUGUCGACACUCGCCCCGGCCCUGAUCAUCGCUAUCUUCUGGUUUGGCCUGUUCAUUAUAUGUCGUCGGACUCAACAACGGUGGUACUCGCCGCGGUCUCAUUUGCCUAAUCUUCAUCACCAUGAGCGCACCCCCGAAUUGCCUGGUGGAUUCGUCAAUUGGUUUGGAACUUUUUUCCAAAUCGCGGACUCACACGUCCUCCACCAUUCAUCUCUUGAUGGAUACCUAUUCCUUCGGUUUUUGCGCAUGCUUUGCACCACAUGCUUUAUCGGAAUGGUCAUUCUUUGGCCUGUCUUGCUGCCUAUACAUGCUACCGGAGGCGCUGGUAACGCUCAAUUGGACCGGUUGAGUUUUAGCAAUGUUGUCAAUCCCAUUAAAUACUAUGCCCAUGUCGUUAUGGGUAUAGUCUUUUUCACAUAUGUAUUCUUCGUCGUCACCCGCGAGAGCCUGUUCUAUGCCAACCUACGACAAACUUAUCUCAACUCUCCUGCUUAUGUCGAUCGUAUAUCCUCCAAGACAGUGCUUUUCAUGUCUGUGCCUAAUGCAUAUAAAAACGAGAAGAAAUUACGACAAGUAUUUGGUGACGGCAUCCGUCGCAUCUGGAUUACUUCCGACUGCAAGGAAUUGAACAAAAAGGUUGACGAGCGUGAUACCCUGGCGUUGAGAUUAGAACAUGCUGAGACAAAGCUUGUUCGUGCCGCAAAUUUCGCGCGACUGAAAGAAAUGAAGAAUAAGGCGGGGACCACAAAUGAAUGUGAGGAUUGCGAAAUGUCUGAUCCCUUGUGGUCCCGAAAGGUCAAACGGCCGAUGCAUCGUGUCAAUUUUUUUGGCCGAAAAGUCGAUAGUAUUCAAUAUUAUCGUAUGCGUCUCGCUGUGGCUAUUCAAGAAGUCGACGCACUGCAACGAAAACACCGUGACGGUGAUGCUAAAUAUCUUUCUGCGAUCUUCAUCGAAUUCAACACACAGUCCGAAGCCCAGGUUGCCUUCCAGACUCUAUCCCAUCAUCAACCGAUGCAUAUGACGCCGCGGUAUACUGGAAUUGCCCCUAAGGAAGUCAUCUGGUCGGCCUUGAAUCUCAGCUGGUGGCAACGAAUUGUCCGUAAAUUUUUGGUGCAAGGCGGUAUUGCCGCUAUGAUUAUAUUCUGGUCGAUCCCCGCAGCUAUCGUGGGAAGUAUUUCAAAUAUCACAUAUUUGGCUAACACGGUUCCUUUCUUGAAGUGGCUGGUAGACCUCCCUGAGUUUAUCAAAGGCAUUAUAUCUGGAUUACUUCCCUCCGCGGCAUUGGUUUUGCUGAUGUCGUUGGUGCCCCCUAUUUGCAGAUUCUGUGCAAGAAAGGCAGGAUUGCCUUCCUUAUCACGAGUCGAGCUCUUCACUCAAUCGGCACAUUUUUGCUUUCAAGUAGUUCAAGUGUUUUUGGUCACGACAAUCACAUCAGCCGCAUCAGCCGCUGUCGGUCAAAUCAUCAAAAAUCCAUUGUCAGCUAAAGAUCUUUUGGCGCAAAAUCUACCCAAGGCAUCCAACUUCUACAUAUCCUAUUUCCUUCUCCAAGGACUCUCGAUGAGCUCUAUUGCUGUGGUCCAGAUCAUGAGUGCACUUAUCUUUAAGGUCAUGUCCAUGUUCUUCGCAAGCACUCCGCGACGACUAUUCAAACGCUGGACAGAACUCGCCGGCCUCAGUUGGGGCAACGUUUUCCCGGUGUUCACUAACAUGGGGGUUAUCGCUCUGACAUACUCAUGCAUUGCGCCUCUCGUGUUGGUGUUUGCCUUCCUUGGCCUGUUUCUUGUCUAUCAAGCUUACCGAUACAACCUGCUAUUUGUCUAUAAUAUCAACAUUGACACCAAGGGUCUUGUAUACCCACGCGCCCUACAACACCUGUUAACAGGUAUCUACCUCGCCGAGAUUUGCAUGAUAGGUCUUUUCUCCAUCAAAGGGGCGAUUGGCCCCUUGAUAAUUAUUGCCUUCUAUACCGUCCUUACCAUACUCGCCCACAUUUCCCUAAAUGAAGCCCUUUCGCCACUAAUGAACUUUCUCCCUCGCUCUCUCGACACCGAAGAAGAAGAGAUUCAAGCCAACGCCGAAGCCGAAGAGCAAUAUAGACAUGCCAUUACCCGUCACGGCAAGAUUUGGAAAUGGUUUCACCCGAACCUGUACAAAGACUAUGCUGACUUACGCCGAAAAGUGCGUCGAGAUAUUAUCCGAAUCGAAUACUCAGAGAUUGAAUUAGAGGAAGCUUAUUAUGAGCCGUGUAUCACAGCAAAGACACCCAUGCUUUGGGUCCCGAAGGACGAGGGCGGUGUUAGCCAAGAGGAAAUCAGGCAAACGAGUGCGGUGAUUCCGAUUUCGGACCAGGGUGCUCAUUUGGACGAGAAAAAUAAGAUUAAAUGGAAUAAAUAUGACGAAGAGUUGCCGGUGUGGGAACGCAAGAUUUUGUAUUGAUCUAUCACACUGAUUGUAUUUUUUUGUAUACGUGUAUUAUUGUGACCAAGUUCUCCACCAAUCGAUUUUCUCAUGGACAAACUCAUUUCCUCAUAGUUUCUAGUCUUUUGUCUCGGAGUUAUUGGGCUGAAUUUUGAUAAUAGCAUUACUUGAAUGUUCCAAGUCGAAAAUGCCUCAACUGAUAAGCAUAACCCGAUUCCGUGUAUCUCAUCAAUAGCUUCUACCAUCAAGGAAAGUGUAGUACCAGGAGAAAUUAUAUUUCCUGUCCCCACUCCUUGGAAAUGCCAAAAAUGGAAAAGUUCGAGGUCCUGUUGUCUAGUUUCUUAUCGGUCAAAACUCCAUGUACGUAUACGUCAUUA